AUGCCGCCCACCGCCAGUUCCAGUCCCGUGAGAGUCCCCUGCACAAACUGUGUGGCCUUUUCAAUUGAAUGUCGAAUUCCUGUUCCCAAACGCAAGAGGGCCGGCACCGCCCGGGCGAAGGACGAUGAGAGCGAGGCCGGAGACUCCCAGCAACCCACCACCCCAACCGACAUUCGAGCCAACCAGCCUCCACGACCAGCCCAGAAUCAUGGCUACAAUUCCCCAGAUGGUAUGCCCUCCACUCAAAUGUCCGAGGCCCAGGCUGCGCAGCAAGCUGCCAAUAACAGUACCAUGACCCAGUUCAUGAAGCCCAAGUUUGCACGGGCCCCCAUCAAAGAGGCAGGUCGUGUUGCCUACCUGGGUGAAUCUUCGAAUCUGUCGUUGCUUGUCCACGAUCGUCAUGGCACGACCGAUGUCGUUCACUACCCCCUUCCAGAAAACAUUCGCGGGGCACGUGCCCGCCUGACGGAACCAGACCAGAUGGAGAUAGAGAUCCUGCAGCAGAGAGGCGCUUUCUUACUGCCGCCUCGAGCAUUAUGUGACGAGCUUGUCGAGGCCUAUUUCCGUUGGGUCGCCCCCAUUGUGCCAGUCAUCAAUCGAAGCCGCUUUAUGAAGAGGUAUAAAGACACGAAGAACCCGCCCUCACUGCUGCUCCUCCAGGCUAUCCUACUGGCUGGUUCCAGGGUCUGCACCAAUCCGCAGCUGAUGGAUGCCACUGGUUCCACCACGCCUGCAGCAAUGACCUUCUACAAACGCGCCAAAGCGUUGUAUGAUGCCAACUAUGAAGACGAUCGUAUCACCAUCGUCCAGGCUUUGAUCUUGAUGGGCUGGUACUGGGAGGGACCCGAAGCAGAUGUCACCAAGAAUGUAUUCUACUGGACCAGAGUCGCCAUUGUGGUCGCCCAGGGUGCCGGCAUGCACCGAAGCGUCGAGAGCUCCCAGUUGAGUAGGCAAGACAAACGACUGUGGAAGCGGGUUUGGUGGUCGCUUUUUACAAGAGAUCGAUCGGUUGCAGUCGCCCUUGGCCGACCCGUUUCUAUCAACACCGAUGACUCCGAUGUGGAGAUGAUCACGGAGGAAGAUUUCAUCGAGGACGAAGGAGACCCGGCCAACGACUAUCAACACGAGGCGGUCCACAUACAAUUCUUUCUCCAGUAUGUGAAGCUGUGCGAGAUUAUGGGGCUCGUGCUAUCUCAACAAUAUUCGGUUGCCUCCAAAGCCAGACGGACCAAUGCUAUCGAUCUCACCCAUAGUGAUAUGGCACUGGCAGACUGGCUACAGAAUUGCCCUCGCGAAGUAUAUUGGGAGCGUUCACGACAUCAUUUCUGGUCAGCUCUGUUGCACUCCAAUUACUACACCACACUCUGUCUGCUCCAUCGAGCCCACAUGCCACCCGCAACAGCGAAGCCACAUGACUACGAUAAUGUAGACAUGGCCUAUCCGUCAAGGACCAUCGCUUUCCAGGCUGCUGGGAUGAUUACUUCAAUCAUGGAGAACCUGCUUGCUCAUGAUCAAGUCAAAUAUCAGCCUGCAUUUAUCGUCUACAGUUUGUUCUCUGCUUUGAUCAUGCACGUCUAUCAAAUGCGCUCGUCAGUGCCUUCGGUGGUGGCAGCCAGCCAGGAACGCAUCAACGUGUGCAUGGUGGCAUUGAAAGAAGUGUCCAAGGUCUGGCUCGUGGCGAAGAUGGUUCAUACCUUGUUCGAAUCGAUCCUUGGAAACAAGGUACUUGAAGAGAGACUACAGAAAGCCACAGGACGAAAAGCACAACGCGCCAAAGCGAAUCAAAAUGCAGCAGCUCAGAAUGGAAACGCGAAUGGGGCGCAUCCCGCUUCACACGUACCCGUAUCACAUAUCCCACCACCGCCCAACCCGACAAAGCGUAAGUUUGACGACAUUGACUUGGGGUUCAACGUGGGGCCUCCCGCGCCGCAGAUGUCAUACGAACGGUCACGUCCUCAAACACCUGCGGUAACACCGUCGAGGGAACCGUCUCAAAGUCACAACGCCAACUUCCUCGGUUCACCACCAUUACCCAACGAGCAGUACCUACCGGCCUCGCGAUCAAGGGGCGCAUCCCGGCUUCCGUCCAGGGGACCUACGCGUGCGAACUCACCAUUCAACGGAUAUUCAAUACCAGCAACACCACCCGAUCUCUUCCUGGUAACGAGAGACUCACCCAAUAUCUCUCAGCAACUGUGGGAGAACUUCCAGCCUGACCAGUUGUUCCCAGACGGCACGAUUGGGGAUGCCACCAAUUUCACCAGCCCAAUCCUGAACCACGCAGUGGACCCUCAAUUGCAGAUGUCCUCGCAUCCGAUGGGCGGUGGCCAACAAAUGCCUCAGAUGGACUUGUCGGGACAAUCGCAGGUAUGGCCAGGAGGCAUGGCGGGGAUUAUGGGAGCAGGCAUGGAGAUGCAUGAUAGUGACGGAUGGUCGACCAGCUCGAUUGGAAAUGCCCCCGUGGCGCCGACGACUUUGAACGUGGAGGACUGGUUCCAGUUCUUUGGUAUCAACGGAGAAAUGGCCGGGAUGGGAUUGGAGGGUGCGUAG